CAAAUACCCCUUUUUUUUUUUCUUCUUCAUCCGUUCUUCCACAAAAACCAGUUUAGCUAUCGCUGAAAACUGAAGCUUCAAUCUUCCCUUUUUACACCAUUUAAUUACAUUUAAAUCAUAUCUCCACAUAUUAUUGUCUCAUUUUCUAAAAUUUGGAAGAAAAAAAUGUGAUUGGUUGCCACAUAGGCUUUUACGCGUCAAAAACGGUGUCAUACCCGAUGGCCUAAUCGGAUUUAGGCAUAUCUGGGUCCAGAGAUUCUCUGAUCGUAAGCAAUGAACAUGUCUCUUUCCUCUCCGUCUCUCCGCCUCUAGAACAGCCGCCGCGUGUAUAUGUCUUUUCUUCUAAUCCCCCCACACGUAUUACCUUCCAAUCUUCAUUCUUUUUUCACAAUCCAUCUUUCCCAGCUUCUGUUUUUGUUGUAAGGAUUUUGUUGGUGAACUAAGUUAUGAGAGGUGGAAGAGUCGGGCGUCACGAGCGCCGGUGGGCUUCCGACACCGUCCCAGAUGAUAUGUUGAUCAGCGGAAGUUCUUCGCCGGCGUACACAGAUACGUCGUCAGUGAAUCCAGGGGAGGAGUUUGUUGAAGUGACUCUUGAUCUUCAGGAUGACGACACUAUCGUUCUACGUAGUGUGGAGCCGGCGACGGUGAUCCACGUGGAUAAUGAUAUUGGAGGAGGUAUGGAGACUCCGGCAUCGGCGACUUCGUCUCGAUCUCCGACAAUGCGACGAAGCUCAUCCAACCGAUUCCGGCAGUUUUCACAGGAAUUGAAGGCUGAAGCGGUGGCGAAAGCGAGGCAGUUCUCGCAGGAACUCCGGAGGUUUCCAUGGAGUUACGGGCACACGUCACGUGCAUCGUCUUCCUCGGCGAUGCAAAACACCGCCGUAGGAAGUGGAGGAUUGGAUUCGGCGUUGGCUGCUCGUGCAAUACGUAGACAGCGCGCUCAGCUUGAUCGAACUCGCUCCGGCGCGCAUAAAGCUCUUAAAGGUCUCCGAUUCAUCAGUAAGAGUAAAAUCAACGGUGUAGAUGGUUGGAACGAAGUACAGAACAAUUUCAACAAGCUUGCAAAGGAUGGAUUUCUCUAUCGUGCAGAUUUCGCACAAUGCAUAGGAAUGAGAGAUUCAAAAGAAUUUGCUCUUGAAGUCUACGAUGCUCUUAGCAGAAGACGACGACUGAAAGUUGACAAGAUCAGUCGAGAUGAAUUAUACGAAUAUUGGUCUCAGAUCACCGAUCAGAGCUUUGAUUCUCGCCUCCAGAUCUUCUUCGAUAUGGUGGACAAGAACGAAGAUGGAAGAAUCACCGAAGAAGAAGUUAAGGAGAUUAUUAUGUUAAGUGCGUCAGCAAACAAGUUAUCAAGGUUACAAGAACAAGCAGAAGAGUAUGCAGCUUUGAUAAUGGAAGAGUUGGAUCCCGAAAGACUUGGCUACAUUGAGCUAUGGCAGCUCGAAACACUCCUGUUGCAGAAGGACACUUACCUAAACUACAGUCAAGCCUUGAGCUACACAAGCCAGGCAUUGAGCCAAAACCUACACGGCUUGAGAAACCGAAGCCCAAUAAAGCGAAUGAGUUCCAAAUUCAUGUACUAUCUACAAGAAAACUGGAAAAGACUUUGGAUCAUUACCUUGUGGAUAUUAAUCAUGAUCGGUUUAUUUCUAUGGAAAUACUAUCAAUACAAACAAAGGGCCGCAUUCGAAGUCAUGGGGUACUGUGUUCUCACAGCUAAAGGAGCAGCCGAGACUCUUAAAUUCAAUAUGGCGAUCAUAUUGUUGCCGGUUUGCAGAAACACCAUAACUUGGCUAAGAUCCACGAAAUUGUCUAAUUUCGUACCCUUCGACGAUAACAUCAACUUCCACAAGACGAUAGCUGCAGCGAUUGUGAUCGGGGUAAUCCUUCAUGCUGGUAACCAUUUGGCGUGCGAUUUCCCGAGACUUAUAAACCAAGAUGAAAUUGCAUACGAUCUUAGUAUGAGGCAAUACUUUGGGAACAACAAACCGACAUACACAGACCUUGUUCGAGGUGUGGAAGGUGUAACUGGUGUUAUAAUGGUGGUAUGCAUGACAAUCGCUUUCGUACUUGCAACCAGGUGGUUCAGACGGAGCUUAGUGAAGCUACCAAAGCCUUUUGAUCGGCUCACCGGCUUCAAUGCUUUCUGGUAUUCACACCACCUGUUUGUUGUCGUCUACAUUUUGUUCUUAGUCCAUGGAUGGUUCCUUUAUUUAGUCAAGAAAUGGUACAAAAAAACGACGUGGAUGUAUCUUGCAUUUCCGGUAUUGCUUUACGCUGGGGAAAGAACCCUAAGAUUUUUCCGAUCAGGCUCUUACACUGUCCGCCUUCUAAAGGUUGCAAUUUAUCCAGGAAACGUUCUCACAUUGCAAAUGUCCAAACCUCCUCAGUUUCGUUACAAGAGUGGACAAUACAUGUUUGUCCAAUGCCCCACUGUAUCUCCAUUUGAAUGGCAUCCCUUUUCAAUCACAUCUGCUCCAGAUGACGAUUACCUAGCCAUUCACAUAAGGCAGCUAGGUGAUUGGACACAGGAAUUAAAAAGGGUAUUCUCGGAAGUCUGUGAACCUCCAGUAGCUGGUAAAAGUGGGCUUCUUAGAGCCGAUGAAACUACCAAAACAAUAUUGCCAAGAUUGUUGAUUGAUGGGCCUUAUGGAGCUCCGGCCCAAGACUACCGUAAAUAUGAUGUUCUUUUGCUUGUUGGACUUGGGAUUGGAGCAACGCCUUUUAUUAGUAUACUGAAAGAUUUGCUCAACAACAUUGUUAAAAUGGAAGAACUAGCAGAUUCAACAUCGGGUCACAGUAGGAGAUCGGAUCAGAGUUCAGGUAGUGGUGACUCUUACUCUCAUGAUAAAGCUUCUCCCAGAAAGAAGAAAAGUUUGAGGACUACGAAUGCUUACUUUUAUUGGGUAACUAGAGAACAAGGUUCGUUUGAUUGGUUCAAAGGUGUCAUGAAUGAAGUUGCUGAACUCGAUCAACGGGGUGUGAUUGAGAUGCAUAAUUAUCUAACAAGUGUCUAUGAAGAAGGGGACGCUCGAUCAGCUCUCAUCACCAUGGUUCAAGCUCUCAACCAUGCCAAAAAUGGUGUCGACAUUGUAUCGGGCACAAGGGUGAGAACUCAUUUCGCAAGGCCAAAUUGGAAGAAAGUUUUGUCAAAAACUUGUACAAAACAUGCUGGUGCUAGGAUAGGUGUGUUCUAUUGUGGUGCACCGGUGCUAGCCAAGGAACUGGGUGAGCUGUGUCAUGAGUUCAACCAAAAAGUAAGAAUUUAA